AUGGCGACGGAAAUGGCCUCUGAAUGCAAGAUUAUAGUUAAAAAACCUAUGCUACUGAAGGUUGGAGAUUUGGCUAGCGAGUUCAGGUCUGGUGUGUCAGUGGUUGACAUAAUUCUUCCAGGAAUGAAUGCUGUGCAGGUAAUGCAGAAUUGGAUUAUUUAACCCACACACUCGAACAAUCUAUUCGGUUCGCCUUCAAUCUUGCUUCAAUGAGUCAAAAUGUAGGAGAUUCCAGCUUGAAACAAAAUCACAGGCUUAACAUAGAGCUUCAGAGUUUGUGUGUUAUUGAAGGGUGUAGUAUAGUGAAAUAAACUUCAACAUAAAAGAAUUUUAUUGUACUGUUAUUUUCUCAGGCUACAAAAGUUGCCUCUUUUUCGUGAGUUGUUUCGAGCAUUGCUUGUAAUAGGGCUAGGUGCUAAAUUUUUAUUUGUAGGAAUUUUUAAAUUUUCGCUAGAACGUAAAGGGCUCAGCCUUUUAUUCCACCUUAUUCUGUUUAGUUCUCUUACAAUUCAGAGGAUAGAUUUGAUAGCAUUAAUUGCAUUCUCUUUUCAAAUGGAUGUACUCCUAUGCCAUGUAUUGUGAGAGAUCUAAGUAAGAACAGCUUAGAUUGAGAAAAUCAUACUCAGGCCCUCAAAGCCUUGGGCUGGGCAAAUCAAUCUGUUCUAGUUGCUAAAUAGCUGAUAUUAAGGAAUUAUAUGAUGAGGUUAAGCAUGAUAUUCAACAAUUAUUUGCUGAAGGCUAAGUGGAUAUUGUUGAAUAAUCCCCAAGACAAAGUCAAGGGGAUUAUAUGACAUUAUUCAUCGAGCUAUAGGUGAAAAAUUGUUGAGGUGCUUUCAAAUUAUGUUGUAAACAUUUGUUUUGAUGAUGAAACCAUUUUUUCCAAUUGAUUUGACUACUGUUAUCAAAGAGAAACACCCUACUCUAUAUUGACUGUAUGCCCUUGACCAAUCAGAGUUUUGAUAGUAGGUCUAAUGUAUGAGAACAUUAGUUAUCAAACAGUUCAGAUUAUUAAACUUAGCUUAGCUUAGUUUUUUUCUCUUUUUAAUGUACUUUAUCAGGUUGGAAAGCUGACAUUUAAGAACUCUUACACAGCGUCUGUUAUGGUAAAACUGAAAGUUAUAGGUAAGUUUGUUCAUAAAAUUGAUAUUUUUCUUUUAAUAUUUGUGAUUUCACUGAUAAAAGUGUUGCAAAUCCAUUUAUACCACUCUUAUAUGAUUAUGAUAUAUCUUUCAUUUUAUAAUAUUAAUAUAUCAUGAUCAGUUAAAGAUGAAAAGAUGCAAUCCUUCUGAGAGUAAUUACUAUGCAACUUGAGUCAGAUGACUAAAGGCAAUUUUGUUGUAAUGGUUACAAACACUAUCAGUGAUACGUAGUCAUUCUGAACAAUUGUGAAAUGGGAAAAAUGACAGUUUAAUAAAUACUAUUACUGUAUAAUUUGUUGUUAACUGAAGGACUCUUUUAGAUCAUGCAGGUGCUGAGCAAUGGAAAACCCUUGUGAAGAACUACACUCUGAUGCCUCAUCCUCAUUUAGAAACAGGAAGCCAGGAUUUUUUUGUGAUUAAUAUUAGUAAGGUAUAAAAUUUUACUUAAAUGUGAUACAAGACAACUAAACAGUAACACUUGACUGAUGAAAGAAGAUCUAUUCAAAGUUAGAUUUUCUCUCUGAAGUUCUAUAUUAGGUAGAUGCAUAGCUUGAGGGAAAUAAAGAUUAUUAUUUCUCAUACUUAAAAGGUUUUAAAGAAUUGAAGAGGUAAACUAAGGCAAAUUGACAAGCUUUGAAAAUACACUGAACAUCAAUCCCUUUUUGGGGAAGAGGACAUUUUAUUAUUGAUUAUUAUCUUACAACAUGAGAGAGAAAAUUUGGCAUAGGGGAAAACUCUUAUAAAAUGGUUGGCAACCAAUAUUGCCCUAAUCAACUGUGGUCUUGUUCACUUUCAUACACUUGACAUUGUGAGACACACUUGUAUUGCUAAUACCAUGUGCGAUUCUGUAACAAUGAGAUGCAUAAACAGUGUGUGUGAGCCAGUUCUGAUACCAUGUUCCUUUUCACCUUGGGAACUACUUGUAGAAAUAUUAGUGUACUCCUUCCAAGUGGUUUCAGAUUGAAAGGCAGUGCCAAUCAAGGAUUAAAUUAUCUUUCAGCUUGGUAAUUGUGAAUUUCUAUUUUCUGAUGUACUUAUCAUUUUUAUUUCUUCAGAAUGCUUUUCUGGCCUGUGAAUAACAACUUAGGACUGUAAAUUCUAUUUUACCAAAGCUCCUUACUUUUCUCUAAAACACAACUAGUCACAUACAGGGUAAUUUUAUGAAAUGCCAAUUGUCAUCUUUUUGUUAUUUCCUUUGGGUAAUGAAGAGGUGUAGUCACUUUUUCUUGACCGGCUGACUAUAUUUCAUCUGCAAUGAUCAUGAGUUGGUUUACCUCUUGGAACAAGGGAAAUGUUAAAAUUUCCAAACAGAGAUUAGUGACUGGUUUUUCGGUGGUACUGGAUGAUGAUUUGUAAUGAUUAUGUGGCUCUUAAUUUCUCCUUAGGGUAAAUUUUCUAUUAGUAGAGGGUUGCCAAUGUUCAGUGCUAAACCUUGAAAGUUUCCCUUUGUACAAUGUUUUUGCCUUUAUUUGAUAAAGAUGGAAUCACAUUUAGGUGCUCUCAUUUGAAAGGGUAAAUCUUCCUGUCUAUUUUUUCUAGAGUUUCCAAAUGUGUUAAAGGUAAUGCAACUGAAAACUGUGGCUGAAACUUCCCUUUAUUCAGCAGCUAGUGGUUACUUAUUGUGUAGAGUUAAGGACUGUAAACAAUGGGCAUCAUUCAAAGAUUGGAAUCACUAUUUUCCUGUUAUCAUGAUUACUCUUGGCAUACCCAGGUGGAUACAAAAUAAUACAAAGGAAACCUCUAAACUUAAUGAAUUAGCAGUUUCAAUUAAUGGUAUUAUACUCUCUUAGAUGUCAAAGCAGUGUAUGUUAUAUAUUACAAUAAAUUAAUUUUUAGAGGUUAAACUGGCAAAAAUAAAUAGAGUCAAGUAUUGUACAGUACAGCUAUCACACUGAGAUCACUUUUUAAUCAUUUUAGACUGACAAGCCUCCUCUUCAAGUGAUAAUGAUGAGGUUAAUUCUCCGACAACCUUCCCCUCACUGGAGUAACUUUGGCAUAGAAGAGAUAAAGUGCUUUCUACAUUCACCUAUGGUAAUUCAACAAGUUUUUUUGUGCUUAAACUAACUUUUUGUUUGUCGAAAGUUAAAACAGAAUGAUAUUUUUUCACCUUUCUAUGCCCAGAUGUUUCAAACAAAUCAUGUAUUGACAUCUCAAUACAGUUAUGAACAGUUGAAUGACAAAUAAAUGGAAACAUAUCAUUCUGUACCAACUUUUAGAAAGAUGUAAGAAUACAUAUUGACCCUUCAACUCCAAUGAGUGACCAGGACAGAAUUUCUCCUUACAAUACCAAUACAAUAUCAGUUAUAAAUGUAACGAGAAUAAAAUAAAAUAUCAACUAGGGAGAUAAUUAGUUGAUCCAUUUAACUAAAUUCUCCCAAUUAAACUCAUAAGAAUUGUAUGGUUGACAGUAACAAGAAUUACCAAUGAGAUCUUGGUUGUGAAAGGGUUAAAGCAUUCAUUCAUUCAUUCUCCAGAGGAAAAAGUUAUCAAUAAUAUAUUAUUUUGUCAAAUUGUUGAACCAGAAGCAUAUACCAGCAGCAGGUUGAAAGUAUUAUGAAACUGUGUGUAAAUUUCAAAUACUACUGAAUGUGGAAAAAAUAUGAAUCCAAAGUUUGUAGUAUUGAGUUUAGAUCUGUUGGUUUAUAUUAGUCCCUGCCCCCUUCUUUCACAUUUUAAAACCAGUAUGGAUGAUAUCUUUGCAAGUUCUUAUGUAGAAUCAAAACAGUAAACAUGGAAGGAAGUGACAUCCCUUUAUGAAUUCACAGUUAAUUCAAUGAUCAUUAAACCACAACUCUUAGCUAAUACCCCAUAUGCAUCAAAGCUUUAAUAUGUUUUGAGCUGUAUGUUAAACACUGUAUAGAAUAGUUUUCUUUAUAGGAGCUAGGUAAACUGCUGCUUUUCAACUUCAACUUUAAUACUUUGAAAUAACGACUAACUACUUUGCAUGAGAAAAUUCAGUUUUUCAGUUCUCUGUUUCUGAUUUUCAUUCAGUUAAACCCGGUUGAACUAAACAUGUUUUGCUGGCAUGAAUGGGGUACUAGUCUUGUUUGAAUUUGUUUAAAAAAUGUUGUCAUUCUAUUUUCCAAUGUCAUGUGUAGAAAAGUCCAAGAUAUAGCUUUAAUGCUACAAAUUCUAGCAUAUAAUAAGACUGUCAUUGCUUUUCAGAAUUGCUCAUCAGUACCAGAAUGGCUACAUAAUGAUGACUGUCAUAAUCCUGGUGGAAUCAAAGCAGUACAGGUGCAUAUCCAAUGUGAUAUAAUUGUAGUACUUGCCAUCUGUGUGGUUGUGUUAGUGUACAACCUAUUGAAAAUUAUUGUAAGAGUUUUUGUAAAAACUCCUCUAGGACUCACAAACGCUAUGUUUUGUUAAAAUUAAUUGCCCUCUGCCAGAGUAUUAGAGGCAGGUUGGUCCAAAGUUGGUUGAAGAGGAUUUAGUCUCAGUAGCUGUUUGUUGUCCAGUGUAUGUCACUUUCAAUAAUUCCAUAAUUUUACAUUUUAACAUUUUACAGUCAAGUGAAUUGGGUGCUUCUAGAUGUGGUAGUUAAACUUAAUAAUUGCAAAGUGACCAUUUUAUCAAGAAUUCAUUGAAGCUUACAAUCUUUGUUUCAGAAUGUCUCUAACUCAGAGAAUGUGGCCUCCAGCAUUCAGCAACUUUGGGCAUUGACCCAGGGGGUGAUAUCCUCAAAACAGAAUCUGUCUAUUGGUCGUUUUGAUGUAAGUUUUAAGCUUUAUUGGUUUCAAUAGCAAUGAUAAAAAUUCACUCAUUUGGCUGAUCAUGAGAACUUGUUUUUUAGAUUGACAGAAGCUAUGACAUCAACUUGUUAUCUUACACAUAACAGUACAGCUGCUUGAUGUAUGUGAUUUCCUGGCCAAGGGAAGAGAGGAAAUAUGAACCAUGUGAUGUUCAUAUGUCAGUAUGGUUCCAUACAGAGUAAACAAGGCUGAUGCUUACAAUGUAUCAUCUAUCUUCAACUGGGAGAUUCCCAAUGGGAGAAGCAUCUGAGAAUUCCUACAGAUGUAAUUAUGGAUCUGACUGAGUUUAUACAACAGAACGACCAGUUUGAAUUUGAUAGUGAACACUACACUUAGGACAGCUAUUGACUAAAAAAUGGCACCUGCCUAUGUCAAUUUAUUUAGGGAUAGAUUGGAAGGAAAAUUUUUGACACAAGAUCUGAUUAGGCUGUAUGUUUGGUUGAGACACAUUGAUAACAUUUUUAUGGUGUGGACUAGUGGCAAGGAUGAAUUGGGAACAUUUUUUAAUUACUGAAAUGAAUGAUGAAUGUAUG